AUGGCCCUGCCCUGGGCUCUGCUGCUGCUCGGCGAGGUCCUGGCUCAGGACGCAGCCACGCAGGACUGCCUCAUCCCGCCGGUUGCCCCCAACGUGGCACUGGGUCGCACCGUCACCCAGUCGUCGACGCUGAACACCCUCAGCCUGGCCGCCAACGCCGUGGACGGGAACACCGACACCGAUUGGGAGCGCGGCUCCUGCGCCCACACCGAGAAGGAGCUGGAGCCGUGGUGGCGCGUAGACCUGGGCCGGCGGCACGCCGUCUAUGCCGUCACCGUCACCAACCGCCACGACUGCUGCUGGGAGAGCCUCCUUGGCGCCCAGGUCCACGUCGGCGACUCCCUCUCCGACCGCGGCAAGCGCAACCCGGCCUGCGGGGCUAUCUUGGACACCGGUCCCGGCUCUACCAGCACCGUCUGCUGCAACGGGCUGCCGGGUCGCUACGUCUCCAUCAUCAUCCCCGGCCGGGAGGAUUUCCUCGUCCUCUGUGAAGUGGAGGUGACGGCGCAGAGCUGCCUCCCCCCACCUGGUGCCCAAAACCUGGCCCUGCGGCGCCCAGCGGCACAGUCCUCCACAGCCGGCCAGGCUGGCAGCGCCAUCAACGCCGUGGAUGGGAACCGGGACGGUAACUGGCGCCACGGCUCCUGCUCUCAAACCGAGAGGGAGCCAUCACCGUGGUGGACGGUGGACCUGGGCCGGCGCCGCGCCGUGGCGGCCGUGGUGGUGAGGAACCGCCUGGAUUGCUGCUGGCACCAGCUGAAGGGCGCCCGCGUCCACGUCGGGGACUCCCUCGCCGGCCACGGCACCGAUAACCCCGUCUGCGGCACCAUCACGGACACCGGCCCCGGCUCCACCAGCACCGUCUGCUGCCGCGGGCUGCGCGGUCGCUACGUCACCAUCGCUGUCCCCGGCCGGGAGGAGCGGCUGAGCCUGUGCGAGGUGGAGGUGGUGGAGCAGGGCUGCGCCGCGCUGCCGGGGGCCGAGAACGUGGCUCUCGGGCCGCCUGGUGGCCAGUCCCCCCCGGAGCCGUGGUGGCGCGUGGAUCUGGGCCGCCGGCACACCGUCUACGCCGUGGUGGUGAAAAACCGCCACGACUGCUGCUGGGAGAGGCUGAAGGGCGCUGAGGUCCGCGUCGGUGACUCCCUCAUCGACCGCGGCCGCCGCAACCCCGUCUGCGGCAUUAUCACCAACGCCGGCCCCGGUUCACUCAGCACCAUCUGCUGCCACGGGCUGCGCGGUCGCUACGUCUCCAUCCUCCUCUCCGACCAGGAGGACGCGCUGGUGCUGUGCGAGGUGGAGGUGAUCCGGCAAGGCUGCGCCCCGCUGCCCGGAGCCGCCAACGUGGCGCGGGAGCAGCGGGCGACGCAAUCCUCCACCUCCAACGGUUCCGGCGUUGCAUCCAAGGCGGUAGACGGCAACCGGGACGGCGUUUGGCGGCACGGCUCCUGCAGUCACACGCGGCGAGAGUGGGAACCAUGGUGGAGCGUCGACCUGGGCGGGCGCCGCGCCGUGGCGGCCGUGGUGGUGAAGAACCGGCAGGAUUGCUGCUGGCAGCGGCUGCGGGGAGCGCAGGUCCACGUCGGCGACGCGCCGGCCGAGCGCAGCAGGGACAACCCCAUUCCCGGCCGUCGCGUCCAGGAUGCUGGUCCCGGUUCGCUCAGCACCAUCUGCUGCCAUGGGCUGCCAGGCCGCUACGUCACCGUCACCGUCCCCGGCCGGGAGGAGCAGCUGGCGCUCUGCGAGGUGGAGGUUUACGGCGGCGGCCCCGAAUUGUGA